CAUUGGAACUAUUACCAUUAGCUUCAUUUCUCGGAUGGAUCCAUCAAUACUGAGGAAUAUUGAAGCUGUGUACUACCCUAUUCUUGCAAUUAUUGGAGUUCCUGCGAAUAUAUUAUCAAUUGUGAUACUUUCCCGUCGAAAUUGUGGACUCUCCAGAUGCAUCACACAUUACCUGGCGUCAAUGGCAAUAGCGGAUCUACUCGUCCUAAUAUUUGAAGUGAUUAUGCGUAUGGUUAAAGACAUCUAUUUUCCGAAAUCGUUUCUGGAUUACACUUCCACUUGUCGUCUUACUUUUGCCUUCUCUGUUAUGUCUAUUGAUUGUUCUGUUUGGUUAACAGUUGCUUUCAGUUUUGAUCGCUCUGUAUCCAUCUGCUGUCAAACGUUAAGAGUCAAAUACUGCACAGAGAAAACUUCAGCUGUGGUUAUAGCCAUUGUCUGUGGACUUUGUGCUGUAAAAUGCUUGCCAGUUUACUUUGUAAACCAACCUGGAAUUAUUAUCGACAGCAUGGCAUGGUUCUGUGUUAUAAAAUCUGAUUUGUAUAUUUUGCCAGUUUGGAAAGCUUACUUGUGCUUUGAUACUAUUUUAACCCCAUUUGCUGCAUUUUUGUUUAUUUCUCUGUUCAAUGCUCUGACCAUCAGGCACAUUUUAACGAGUAGUAAGGUAAGGAGAAGCUUUCGGGAAAAAAACAACGAUUCUGAGUUAGAAAAUCGCAGGAAAUCUAUUAUAUUACUACUUUCUAUUUCUGGAAGUUUUAUCUUUCUGUGGAUGCUAAUUCCUAUCUGUUAUGUAUAUGCAGAAUUUACAGAGAACCAGUUUUACCAAACGGAUUAUAAUGAUCCUUUCACUGUUAUGGAACAAACUGGAUACAUGCUUCAACUUUUGAGUUCCUGCACUAACACGUUUAUUUAUGCAGUGGCACAGACUAAGUUCAGAAACGAAGUAAAGAACGUGAUUACUUGUCAAAAUAAUCAGAAGAUACAAAAAUGGUAACAGUC